AUGGCAAGAGUAAAUGAUUAUUAUUCGAUGGAUUGUUCUCCAGAAUUUGAAAUUAGCAAUCAUUUGAAUUCUUCCUCACAGAAAUGUACAACUUUCCACUCAUCAACUAAUCAAAUUCUACCAGAUGAAAUUAUUCAAUAUCAAAUAAUACCAUUUCUUGAUGUGGAAACUUUGUGUUGUAAAUUUAGUUUACUUUCUUCACAUUUAUAUAAAUUGGCUGAAGACAAUUUGUUGUGGAGAGAAAGAUUUUUCAAUACUCUGCCAAGUUCUCAAUUAGAAUUCUUUCAGAACAAUCCACUUUAUUGGAAACAGUGCUAUAAUUCAAAAUCAACAAGAAACUACUUUCUCUCACUUUCUCCAACACUUCACGAAAGAAUUUAUCCUUCUCUUGAUGCUUUCAGUGUCAAUUUCAAAGAUUUGUACAGAACAACAUUUGUUGAGGGCCGUUUAGAAGGAAAUCGACUGCUCAACUCUGGUAAUUAUAAGAGAGAUCAAUUCUCACACCACAUUACUUAUUAUUAUCUGAUUGACAUUGCUCAGAAUUUGAAAUUGACAAAUGAAGAACUUCGAUUGGUUGACAAGGUUUUCGAUCAAUCAGUUUCUCCAACCAUUGAAUUUUUCAGAGGAAGAACAAGAGAGAAGGGUGCUCUAAAUGAUGAUGAAACUCGUGAAUAUUAUGGAGUAUUUGGUAUUGUAAUUGGCAUCUAUUUUGUAAUGUAUCAGGAAUGGAUGUCCAAUGAUUUGAGAGCUCAUGUCAUUGGUAGAAAAUUAACACAUCGAGUGAAGGAAGUUUCCAGACAUGGAGAUGAAAUACAGAGAGAGGGUGCGAGUGUUGAAUUGAGAACUCAUGAUUCUGCAUUCGAUUACAAAUACUUUUACAAUGAAAAGUUGACAUCCACUCCAAAAAAUAAUGAUGAUUUUGAACUCUCGAAAUUUGUAAAUGGUGAUGAGAGUUCUUAUCCACAAUACUUGUAUUUGAAUCAAUCCACAGAAGAUAAAUGGGAUCAGAGAAGUAAGAGUCAACCAGUGAGCCUUACUAUUCAUGGAGUUUGGAGUGAUAAUAAGGAAAGAUGUGGUUUGUUCACAAGUGAAAAUAUUGAUUGGUCAACCAGUGUUUUCGAUUUGGCAACCCUAGGCAGUAAAUUACAUGAUGUCAAUUAUAGAAGAGUGUACAGUGUUGAUAAUGAAGUUAAAAUAUUCUCCAAGUUGACUGCAUUCAAGUAUUGGAAGAUGACAACACAUAUCAAAAUAGACGCCACUCUCUCCAAUUUCCAAUCGACAGAAUAUAAUGUCUCAUUUGAUUGUGAUGCGUAUGUGAGAGGAGAGGCAGCUGUUGCUAUUCACCAUAGUCAAAGUGGACCUUCAUCCUAUUCACAUCAACAUCAUACUCAUUAUCAAAUUGUUGGUAAUGCAGUGGACAGUUACUUUUCAUUCAAUUUACUCAAUCGAGGAGAACACAUGUUCUUGGCAUGGUGUAUGUUUGAUGAUAUGAAGAAUGAAUCCAAAUUGAAGAGCGAACAAGCAAUCAGAACUAAAGUUAUUACUCCAAAAGAAGCUCCAAUCACACCUGAAAAGGUAUUGAGUGAGGAGAGAAGAAAGAUGGUCCUAUCAUCAGACAAGUGUGGAAUGUUUCCAACCAUGGACCAAUUCAAACUUUCAGGAAUAUUGGUAGAUCGUGAUGGAGUGAAGGGAUAUGUUGAGCUAGAGCCAAGAAUUCACCUCAAACAACAACAGCAAUAA